UCUAGGUUUAAAGGAAGUAGCUUCACUAGCAUGCUAGGCGUGUUUCAGCUUCACCGCCCUUAAUACUGAUUAUCUGCGUUCGGGUGCUGAUCAAUAUAAAAACAUAUAUGGCCGCCAGAAUUCGCCGUUUUAUCUCUAUUAAAGGUGUACCCACUAUUUUGUAAACAUUCCGCCGAAAAAGAGAAGACGGUUUAACCCUUCCUCUGGGAAUUUCUCUCGGCAGCUUGUGACUCUUCAGACCUGCACAGGAGCGUGUGUGUGCCAGGAGCAGUCGGACUUCAACGCUGAGCCCCCUUGGGACCCUAGCUGAUAACAGGAGGGGUCUGGCUAUCGACCUUUCUCUUGGAUAUCGCUAGGACCCAGGAGCUGUGAGGGCUUUGCUAUAUAGGUGACCUGCUUUAUGACUGUGUUGUCCCGGGCUUGUGGAUGAGGAUGAAAGCAACGCUGGAUGAAUUGCUCUGUUCUGUCGAGCUGCUUGAAGGAGACACUGCUAUUCUUGAUGUGAUUAACAAACACAUCUUUGACCAAACUCAAGCACAAAAGAGUGCGUUCUUUGUAGCGGAUCUGGGUGCCAUCGUCUGGCAGCAGAUCCGAUGGAAAACUCACAUGGACCAGGUUCGGCCUUUCUACGACGUGAAGUGUAACAGCAGUGCUGUAGUAGUCGAGAUCCUGGCUGCACUGGGAACCGGCUUUGUUUGCUCCAGCAAGCACGAGUUGGAGUUAAUAAAGAACUUCGGUGUCCCGGCUCAAGAUGUCAUCCUGGGUGGAGCCUGCAAGCAACUCUCGCUUAUUAAAUAUGCUGCUAAACAUGGCGUCCAGCUGCUGGUGUGUGACAACGAGGCUGAAAUGAGGAAGAUUGCUCGCUGUCACCCAAAUGCAAAGCUGCUGCUGCAGGUGUACACAGCAGGCUGUUGCGAGCACGAUGAGACGGCCAUGCCUUUCGGCUGCACGCUGAAGGACUGUAGGCACCUGCUGGAGUGCGCGAAGGAGCUCGGCCUGACCGUAACCGGCGUCAAGUUUCAUAUCCCCAGCUGCUGCGCAGAGCCCGAGGCUUUCACUCAUGCUGUGUCAGAUGCACGCUGUGUGUUCGACAUGGGGGCUGAACUUGGAUAUGCCAUGAGUAUUCUAGACGUCGGUGGAGGCUUCGAUGGAGUCGAGGCUCAGUUAGAAAAGGUGAACAGAGUGUUGAAGCCCAUGCUGGACGCCUACUUCCCUCAGUCGACGGGCGUGUCCGUCAUCGCCGAACCUGGAGCCUACUACGUGUCUGCUGCUUUCUCGCUGGCUGUGAGCGUCAUCUCAAAGAAAAUGGCAACUCAGAAUGGCAAUAAUCACGCACAAGAUACGCUGUCUGGAAUCGAUGAGCCGGAGUUCACGUACUGUCUGAAUGACGGCGUGUUUGGCUCCUUCGCCUAUAAACUGUUGGAGGAAUCUGUUCCUGUUCCAUCUUUGCUCAAGGAGACCUCUGCCGAGGAGCCGCUCUUCUCCAGCAGUCUGUGGGGGAGCUCAAACGAUGGUCUGGACCAGGUGCUGGAGUCCUGUCUUAUCCCAGAGCUCAGUGUUGGAGACUGGCUGGUGUUUAACCACGUCGGAGCCAACAGUCUCAGAGUGAUGGGAGAACCCACGCCGCUCGUACACUACAUCAUCUCUGCACAAGACUGGUACGAGAUUCAAAACUACGGCGUCAUACUGGACACAGCCCUGAAGAACUUCUGUCUGGUCCCAUGUUUUCAGAAGCCCAGUCUGAGCGAGAGCGCCAUCUCCACUCCAGCUUAGCAAAACUGCUCUGGGGCCUAAGCAGCCUCACUGGCCAAUUUAAUUUAAAAAUAAAUAAAUAAAUAACCUUCUGGACUCUUAUGGGACCAGAAUACGAUGAUCAAGGUUUCAGAGAGGUUAUUGGAUCAAGAGGAAAAGCAUUUAUGAUCAUGUGUACAUUGUCACGAUAGGGUUUAGUCGUUUGCAGGAUUGAUGGUUAGUGCUGUUUACAAACCUGCUAGAGUAUUUAAUUCAGUUUUAUAAGUAUACAAAACAGGCAUAUAUGUAAUAAUAUUUCCUUCAGGAUAAAGUUGGGUUUUUAUUUAUUGAAAUUCAAAGCCUUAGCUUUUUUAAGAGCCAUGUAUUUUAUGAUCCUGGUGUUUUUAGAAGCCAGCAGGUGGCAGUGCAGUCUGCUAUUCUUAGAUUUAUUUGGGUCCAAGUCGCUGCUCCGAUACUGUUCUUAAAGCACACGUGGUGAUUCCCCCAUUUCCUUUUAGAUGAUUUUCUUGCUGGUGUCUUAGGAAAUUGGCGCACUUACGUCUUUAUUAAAUAGCUCCCUUAGAAACAUAUUGUUGACCAGGCUGACCUAAUCCUCUAUAUAUAUCACUAUCUUCAGGCUGGGUUAAUGUUACUGAUUAACACUGUCUACAUCUGACAGCUGGUCACGAUUUAAUUCACGAGAUGAUUGUUGGACUAGUGUGUGUCAAAAGCAAUAUCGGAACGCAAAUGGUCAGUGGGAAGAUAUAUUCCUAUUAUACAUCUUAUCUUAUACUGUCUAUCCAUGAAGUUUUAGGACCUUGGAGAGCAACGAUACUGUGAAAAUGAAAACGUUUUUUUAUUGUCCUAGAACUGCGAUAUUGAAUACAAUUGCAUGGCUUCAAUUGAGCAAGGUGGCAAAGCAGAUGAAUUCCCCUUUAUCGUCCUGUUUUCCAUGUGAAGCUUCUAGGCAUGUGCUGGUUUUAAAUGUUCAUAUCACCAUCACUUAAAGCCAUAUUUGUAUGAAUCUCCAUUCUUAAAUAAUGCAGUUGCAUGAAAAAAUAAAAAUAGGCCUUGUGUCUGAAGUUUGCUCCUUUAAGGCUAGUUCAUGUUAAAAGCAUAUCUUUGCGUAUUCCUGUGAUCUCCCGAAACUGCAGAACACCACCAUGUGUGAACCAGAAGAAAUGAAAUUCUCCAGCUUUCCCACCGUGUCACGUUUAAAUAGAAUUACAGCUGGCACUGAGACGUUUAAAGCCCCAACAGUGUCAAUGAACCAUGAGGAAUGGGGGGAAGAAAACAAUUUAAUGUCGCUGUUUCUGCAGGUCGGAAUCAGCGUUUAUUUAUUAUCUGUGCUAAUUCUUGUUCAUUUUAUCUUCAAGCUAUAAAGUAUAUAUUGCUACCAAACUGGGAUGAGCUUAUAGCUGGAGCAAACUUUAUACGUUUCACUUCAGGUCCUUCUUGCAGCUAACAUGCCUCCCAUCAUAUUGUACUCAUUACAUAGCAUUAUAAACAUGUUAUAAAACCUCAUGUUGUCAAGGACUUGUCCAAAAUAGAAUAUUCACUAGGCUGUUCUUGUUCUAAGGAGCUUCCUUCAGAUUGAAACGCAGUCAUAGAGACAAUAUAUUGUCCAGGAUAACGUUUAUUCAUGUUGCAUAUUGAGACAUGGUCCACACAUGCCUAGAAGCUUUUGAUUGUAUGUUGAUUAUAUAUAUGUGUAUGUAUGUAUGUGCCGUUGGGUGUGCUAAAGAAAGUGCUACAUGGUCUCUGUAAGUGCUUUUGGUAAAGUCGGGAUGGCCAAACGGCCCAGUUUACUGAAACAAAGUCGAGUGUCAUUUUGAAAGAUGAAGUAAUUCCUCAGAACGGGAAAUGUAACACGUUGGUCGGUUUGGCAAUACACUGUCAGUAAAUGAUUGUGCUCAA